CGGAUGUGAGGAGAAAGAUUCAAAGCUGCAACAUGUGAACGUAGUGACAUGUGACCCGCCGGACUUACCACGAAACAGAGAUGUUGUGAUGACAGGGCCGUGCAGCAAUGGGAGUGACUUCAUCAAGGAGCACUUUCGAACGAGCGAGGGAAUCUACAAGUUGGUCCACAAUGUGGGUUUCUACACUGCACUGGGACUCAAGCAUCCAAAAAUGCCACUGCCGAAGGUCACGUUGUUCACAAUAAAGGACCAGUUUGGUAGUCGAGAGAAGAUUGUCUACAAUCUCACCAAAGAUUUGUACUUGCUCAAUGCAUCGGAUCUUCUGCAAUUGGAUACAGAGAGGAGUGUGCAGGGCAAGCACACGUUUAAAGAUAAAUGUCCGACUUGUCACGACGUUAACCUUCUCACUAGGUCGAAAGAUAGUGUUCAUUUAUUGGUGGGAACUACUGACGGUCAAGUUCAUCUUAUCAAUCCUUUAAAAUGGGAGUUUAUUAAAAUAUAUAACGAAAACUAUGCGAUAGAAAAUGGAGAAAGCUCAGUCACUUGUGUUAAGUGGAUACCGGGAUCAGAAACUCAGUUCAUAGCUUCCUUUUCUAGCGGUAACAUGUACAUUUUCAACACGACCUACUGUACUAAAACGCCGAUGAACGAACCUGCUAUCUCAUUUACUCUCUCCAAGCAGGGAGAUAGUUACAAUAUUCUCGUGUACGGUUUCCCUACUCAGCAUCGUGGUAAAAGUAGAACGAAGGAGAUUGUAAAGUGGGAACUGAAGUGUGGGCAGAUCAACGAGUUUUCUUUUUCUCCGGAUACAAAACAUCUGGCAGUCGUUUCUCAAGAUGGCUUUCUUAGGGUCUUUGACUUUACUUCGGAGGAUUUGGUGUCAGCUAUGAGGAGUUAUUUUGGUGGAUUAUUGUGCGUUUGCUGGAGUCCUGAUGGAAGGUAUAUAGUGACGGGUGGAGAAGAUGACCUAGUUACGGUAUGGUCACUGCAAGAUCACAAGAUUACUGCAAGGGGUGAGGGGCACAAGUCUUGGGUCACUAUGGUCACCUUUGAUCCUUAUAAUUCGAAAGGAAUAGCUUCGAACGGCAGGCCACUAGAAGAAGAUAAUGCAGAAUUACCAGUCUACAGGUUCGGUAGUGUGGGUCAGGAUGCUCACAUAUUCUUCUGGGAUCUUUGCGAGGAUUCGUUAGAACCAGUGUCGACGUGGCGAACAAAAUCUGACACUCCAAGCGAAACAGAGUGCGACAAGAAACGUCCCGUUGAUAAAUCAGCUAACAAUUCUAACAACAUCUCCAACUCCUCCUACUCCUCUUUUACUCUACCUCUGAAAGGGUCGCCUAACAAGAAAAGUAACAAAGUAUCCGACGCAGCUAACACGCUACCUCACCGAAACAAAUUUAGUAAACUACGAAGUUUCGUCCGACACUCUCAUAGUGAUACACAUUUAUCAGAUUCCCAACUUCUGCGAAAUAUACAAUGUUACACGAUAUUAGACAGUGUUAAGGUUCCACGCUUAUACGAGGUACCAAGGAUAGAUCCACUAGUCAGUAAAAGAGUAUCCUCUGAGAGACUGACUUGCAUUGUAUUCACUAAAGACCAUGUUCUUCUCUCUUGCAAUGAGGGCAAUAUAUACGUGUGGUCCAGGCCUACCAACGCCAUCACCAGUUGACGACCCUUUAAUUGGACCAUUAGCUAAUUAAUUGGUCAAUUUGUUAAUCAUUUAAAUGAUUGGUUGAGUUAAUAAAAACUAUAACUGAUUUAGCAGAUUAUGUGGAAUAAAUAGCUGCACCGUUUGAGUGUUACAAUCACGUGAUACAAUCACGUGAUAUUCAUGUAUAGCACGUGUACAAUCACGUGAUAUUCAUGUAUAUCACGUGUACAAUCACGUGAUAUUCAUGUAUAUCACGUGUACAAUCACGUGAUAUUCAUGUAUAUCACGUGUACAAUCACGUGAUAUUCAUUUUUGGAUUGUAAUGGAUUAGAUCUGAGUAAUUAUGAAGACAUCAGUUUAGUUCAUAUAAUUAAUCAAUCUUUUGAGGCUGAAAGAAAUAAGUUCCAUAACUAUUCAAAAUGUCCGUUGUUGACUUUAACUUUAUUGCUGGAUAUUUCGAGUGUUUCGGUAUAAAAUGGAAUGUUGAAGAAAAUAAAAUUUAUAAAAGAUGUUACGGUUUUUAAAAGGGAGGGAAAAGUUGUUCUAUUACGCUACACUAUGAUAACAUUCUCAUCUGAUAAAAUAGUAAUAGUUGUACUAUAAUAUGCCAGUACUUUACGGCUACGCGUGACGAAAUAUUGAAUUGUGCCUAACAUUAAACCAUUUUUAUUAGUUUAUUUCAUGGUAUAAUUCCGGGAAUUGUUUUUAUCUGCGAGUUUUAUCAAAAGGCAGCUUUUUCAUCUUGAAUCUUAGACGGAAAAUUACCUGUUUACCAAUUUAACAUUAACGUUUUGUUUAAGAACUUUAAAGUUCAAGAGUUUCCUGUACUUGUGUCUUGCACCCUUUUAAAUAUGUACUUACGUUGGAUCAAACUACCGUAGUAAUAUUAUCAGUAUAUUCUGAACGAAUUGUGUGAUGGGCAGUUAUUGAUAUUUUGGUAUUUUCGUUAAAAGCUGAAAACCAUGCAA